AAAAGCCAAUUUGAAACAAGACACAGUGCUCUCGUUAAUGAUGAGAAUCUUCUAUGUCGUCUUUAUAUCAAACUCCGUUAAUAUCAACUAUUUGUCUGCUUUUAAUUUCGGAGAUUCCAAUUCCGAUACCGGUGACCUCGUUGCUGGCCUUGGCAUUCAUCUUGACCUUCCUAACGGACAAAGUUACUUCAAAAUUUCUUCCCAAAGAUUCUGUGAUGGACGUCUUCUCAUAGAUUAUCUAAGUAAGUUCUCAAUUUAUUCUCAUUUUAGCGGUUAUCUAUAC